AGAAGAAAAGAGAAGAGAGGAGGGGGAGGAGGAGGAUCAGGGGAGACGCAAGGAGGGAGGGAUCUAACUCUUGUAGCGUGGCCGGGUGUCUCAAUGAAAGAACCCCACUCUCUUCCUUUUCCUCUCUCCCUCUCUUUAAACAGCCAGAGUGUGUCUCGUGCGGCCAGCAGGCACAUGUCUAAGGAUAACAGAGGGAGAAGGGACAACAAAGCCUGGGAGUUGCAGCAAUGCUUUACCUUCCUAUGAAGCUGAACUAAAGGAAUACCACUUCCUUGCACUCCGGAUUUUCCGUGAAUUCUAUUUUGGUUUCGUUUCUUUUUUAAAAAAUGAGAUUUGCCCUCCAGUGGCAAAGUGGAUUUAUUUAUUAUGUGGAUUUUACAAACUAGAGUAUGAAAAAUAGUUUGCUUCACCCUGUUCAACGUCAGUCCACUUUUCUUUUGUGAUCCCUAAUAUUGUCUUUUUUACAACGUGACGGUUGCCCUCUCUGUCAGUGGACAGGAAGUGGAUUUUCACACACCACCAGGACUUAUGGGAUAUGGGUGCCACCAAAAAACCCAGACUGAAGUAGCCUCCAGGAUGCUGGCAGUUCCAUCUCUACCUUCAACCCAUAGAAGGUGCGAUUAGGCGGGGCUAAGAUAGCAUUUGAGUGAGAGACAGAGAGCCAGUGGGACAGUCAGGCAUCCUCCGAGGCCCAGACAGUCAGAGAGACCCUGUUACAGCAAAGGAAACCACAGACUGCAGGCUUCUGGCUAGAUUAAACAAGGGUGUUUUUAAGUUAUUAUGGAAAAAUAGUAUGAUUUUCAUACCAACUUGAAGGCAGGUGUGAGGCUGUUUACAUAUACACACACAAACACACACGCACGCACGCACGCACGCAAACACACACACACACACACACACACACACACACACACACACACACACACACACACACACACAGAUACACACACAAACACACACACACACACACACACACAGAUAUGCGCUGGCGCACACAUAAACCUACAUAGACAUGCAAUUAUGUCAAACUUAAAAAAUAUAAUUAUAAACCAAUGCAUUUUAACCACAUUUUAAGAAAGGAAUCUUUGCACCUCAGACUGGGUUUUGGUUUCUCCAAACUGUAACUAGACAACUAGUUGUGAAGGUGGGUUCUCCAGCCUACUGCUGUCACACACUUUCCUCUGGUUUUAUGAUCACACAGAUUGUACUACUUUAGAGCGUGCCAUUUAACUGUACACUGAGGGAGCGAGUCCAACCUAUUAGCUACUCUAUAUCUACUGCAUAACUUAACCCAGCAAAAGUUUGACGAUCUACAAUAUGACCCUGAGAAGCAACCUGCUGGUGGUACCGUGGCCGGUCCAGCGCACAUCCUCCUACCUCCUCCCGCUGCUCCUGCUGCUGCUCCUCCAUGCCUGGAGGGGGAGCUGUCACCCCCAGUGCCUGGACUACAAGCCCCCCUUUGAGCCGCACCGGCCCCUGGUCUUCUGUAAGGAGUACAGCAAGUUUGGAUGCUGUGACCUGGAGCAGGACGAGGAGGUGUCAACCCGCUUCUACACCGUCAUGGAUUUCUUUGACUACUCAGGCUUCACCGCCUGUGGCAAGUUCAUACGCAGCAUUCUCUGCCAGGAGUGCUCCCCGUACGCCGCCCACCUGUUUGACGCAGAGGACGCCAACACGCCCAUGCGGGUGCUGCCUGGCCUGUGCAGGGACUACUGCUCCGACUACUGGCACCAGUGCCGCUACACCCUCAGCCUGGCCCUUGAGGUCCUGGGGGGCACCGCCCGUGCCCAGGGGCUGGUGGGCUCCCCGGCCCAGAUCACCAACCUCACGCUGGGCCUGGAGGAGGACCGCGGAGCCUUCUGUGACUUCCUGGAGCUGAAGGACAAGCAGUACUGCUACCCCAACGUGCUGAGCAACGCGGAGCUCAACGCUAACUUGGGCUCGGUGCGCGAGGACUCCGAGGGCUGCCUGGAGCUGUGCCUGCAGGAAGUGGCAAACGGGCUCCGCAACCCCGUGGCCAUGAUCCACGCCAACGACGGCAGCCACCGCUUCUUCGUGGCCGAGCAGCUGGGCUACGUGUGGGUGUACCUGGCCAACGGCUCCCGGGUGGACCGGCCCUUCCUCAACCUCACCCAGGCCGUGCUCACCUCCCCCUGGGCCGGAGACGAGCGGGGGUUCCUCUGCAUCGCCCUCCACCCCAGCUUCACCACAGUCCGCAAGGCCUACGUCUACUACUCUGUAUCGGUGAAGAAACAGGAGAAGAUACGCGUCAGUGAGUUCACACUGUCCACCCACGAUGUAAACCAACUGGACCACGCAUCAGAGAGAACCAUCCUAGAGGUAGCGGAGCCGGCGUCCAACCACAACGGAGGACAACUCCUCUUUGGGGAGGACGGCUUCCUGUACAUCUUUAUCGGAGAUGGCGGCCGUGCGGGGGACCCCUUCGGAAAGUUUGGCAAUUCUCAGAAUAAGUCUACUCAUCUGGGCAAGGCCCUUCGCAUCGACGUCAACGACAACGACGAUGGGGCCCCUUACAGCAUUCCUCCAGACAACCCCUUCCUGGCAGAGCCCAACGCCAUGCCUGAGAUCUAUGCAUACGGUGUGCGCAACAUGUGGCGUUGCUCCGUGGACCGUGGCGACACGGCUACGGGCCGUGGGCGUGGCCGCUUGUUCUGCGGCGACGUAGGACAGAAUAAAUACGAGGAGGUGGACCUUGUGGUCAAAGGUGGAAACUAUGGAUGGAGAGCCAAGGAAGGCUUCAGUUGCUAUGACCGAAAACUCUGUAAAAACUCCACGCUGGAUGACAUCCUCCCGAUUUUCGCCUACCCCCACAAGCUGGGCAAGUCGGUGACUGGAGGCUACAUCUACAGAGGCUGCCAGAUGCCCAACCUCAAUGGCCUCUACAUCUUCGGGGACUUCAUGAGCGGCCGUCUGAUGUCUCUAAAGGAGAACACCACGACCGGUGAAUGGCACUACAACGAGAUCUGUAUGGGCAAAGACCAGACCUGCCGAUUCCCCAAGCUGAUCAACAGCUACUACAAAUACAUCAUCUCCUUUGCUGAAGACGAAGCAGGCGAGCUGUACUUCCUAGCGACGGGCACUCCCAGUGCCUCAGCGAGAGCGGGAGUCAUCUACAAGAUUACGGACCCGUCCAAGAGGGCGCCCCCCGGGAAGUGUAGCAUCAAGCCGUCCCCGGUCAAGGUCAAGGGAAAGCUUGUUCACUUCCACCCUAAGGAAGAGUUUGUCAUUAACAAGAAGCCAACGACAACAGCUGCACCGACGACAACCACAAGAAAAACAACAACAACCACAAGAAAAACAACGACAGCAACAAGGAAAGCGACGACAACCACGAGAAAAGCGACGACAACGGCAGCGACGCCGACAAUGGCCCAGAGAACAAUGACUCGCAAAACAGCAACGGCGGCAAGAAACACAACCACUACAAGAGCAACCCCCAUUGCGCAGAUCACUAUGGCAACAACAACCGGCCGCAGGCCGACCGUGGCGGCCAUCAGACCGAGCGACAGGCCGACCACUAGGCCUUCGGUUAAAGCCAACGGGAGAAAGGCCCCGACCACGUCCCUGGGAGUGGCCAGCAGCCACAGACCAGGUUAUCGCUCAACCACCCUGACCCCCACCUCCUCACCCAGCUCCACCAUCGUUCACUACACCCGCUCCCGUUACCCCCUGGCGUCUCCUCCUCCUUCGCCCUCCCGCCCCGUCAGGCCGACCCCCACCACCUCCAGGCCCCGGCGACCAACGGCCAACACCACCCUGUCCAGAGCCCAGCUAGAGAAGCUGCUGCUGGCAGAGAAGCAGGCGACUGCCGGGGAGGGGAACCAGGUCCACAAGACCCCAACCGGGGACACAGGCGCUGGGGGGAGAGCCAGGACCUAUAACCGGGGCACCGGAGGAAGAAGGCUGCGGGCGGGCUCGGUGCGGCUGGUGAGCGCGGACGGGCUGAUGGACCGUGGCCGCGUGGAGGUGUUCAUCCGCGGCGAGUGGGGCUCGGUGUGCGACGACCUGUUCAACAGCAAGGCGGCGGCCGUGGUGUGCCGGCAGAUGGGCUUCAGCGCGGCGCUGGCCGUGAAGAAGAGGGCGGCCCUGGGGGGCGCGGGGGACGCCGUGCGGAUCCUGCUGGACGACGUGGAGUGCCGCGGAAACGAGGGGUCCCUGCUGGAAUGCAAGAGGUCGAAGGUCGGGAAGCACAACUGCUCCCAUCAGGAGGACGUGGGGGUGGUUUGCGGUUAUGACACGGGGGAGGAGUGAGGGGGAUGGGGGGAGACGGGAAGAUGAAGGAGAAGAGAAGAUUGGACACUUCAUUGACAAUUACCCGAUAAAAGCGUCAAACAGCAGGUCUGAGGUACUUCCAUUGAAGAGCGUACUCUGAUACUGUGAAGUAAGAAGACCACUGUAGGAUCUAACACUUUCACACGUAGCAAAAGUAUGAAUGAAUGUAGACAAGACUUUAACAUCCAACACCUCAACACAAUUUAUUUCACCGCUAGUGCCAAAAUUGAUGAAUGUAUUUUCUUUUAUUUUCACCACAAUUUCACCAUUUAAAAAGAAGUAUGUAUAUUUCUCAAAAAUAGUCCUCAUGCAUGCAGGAGGGAACAGAUGAAAACAAAAGGGAAGUAAAAUACCAGAAGGUGUUUACUUCUAACUUUGUUUUAAAACACCAGGUAGCUUGUAUUGGCCUGUAUUUUUAUGGGUUAUAUUUGUGAUAUUGGGCAUUCAGCUCUGCAUAUGAAGCAUUGUUUGUUUUGUUUUGUUUGCACAUUCAUUUUACUGCUUGCAAGUCGGUUGUCAUUCUACAAUCUGUGAGCCAAUAUUUCUUGAAUACCAAGAUUUACCUUUUCACUGUCUGCACACCAACAUAUUUAUCCUGCCAGGUUUAAAGUUUUAAAUUCCAUAAUAAAGUAAUGCUGGACAUUCUGUAAGAAUAUUAAAUAAAUAGUAAUGUUUCACGUUGUAGUAACAUGAAUAUAUGUUGGAUAUUGAAUACAAUUGUGUGUUGCUUUGCUGCUAGAA